AUGAACGCCCUUUCAGUCGAGUCACUUGAGUUCCUCGGAAGUUCAAUUCCAGAGAUGGCUUGGGAGCGUAAGUCUAAAGACGUUCCAGGGAGAGCUUUGGUCACAUGGACCGACAACAAGCGAAAGCGGGCAAACGGAGCGAAAAGGAAGUCGAUCGACUCACUCAGAGAUCGAUCGAUCCCAUACAAGAGAGUAGGGCCGAUCGAGCUGACGCAAGAGAGGAGGAUCGAUCGAGCUUAUACACGAGAAGCGAAUCGAUCGAUCCCAUUGUACGACGUACCACUCGAUCGAUCCCCUGCAUGCAUACGUCGUCCAACUCCAGCCGUUCGAUCAAUCCCACUCAGAUGA